ACAACUUUGUGCCUGGGCAGCGCCGAGGAGGAAUCGCCCUCAUGGUAAACGGGAUUAAAGGGAACCAAAUCCUCUGAACUGGGGGAAGAAUCCGUGCAAAGAUGCCAUCCAGGAAGAAAACAACCAUGUUUGCCUCUGCUUUUUGUGCCUGUGUCAGCUCCUUCGUGGUGAUCUGCGUGGUGCUGGCCACGCCGCAGUGGGUGAGCAGCGAGGUUCGCUUCUCGCGCACCGGCUCCAACGUCACCGUCAGCCUCCAGUACGGCCUCUUCAGUGGCACCUGCGAGCAGUUCGUGGAUGCAGGACUCCAGGUGUCCGAAAUGACCUUCCAAGUCGCGGACGCCCUGAGCAGCAGCAGCAGGAGGAGCCUGAACAUCGCCACCAUCGCGGUGCUGGUGCUGGCUCUGCUCAGCUCCCUGCUCAGCGCCGGCUUCACCUGCACCAACAGCGUCAGCAACCCCUACCAGACAUUCCUGGGACCUGUGGGAGUCUACACCUGGAAUUCUGUGUGUGGAGCCCUGGUCCUCAUAGCCAUGAUCCUUUUCCCUGUGAACGUGCAAGGGAACAGCCUGUCUGAAGAGCUGGCCCAGGGAUGUUCCAGCUCCCUGCAGGGACACAUCGGAUCCAGACACAGCUAUGGAUAUUCCUACUGGAUCAUGCUGCUCAUCCUUCUCCUCAACAUCGCUUCUCUCACCAUCAUCUACCUCUACGACCACUCCAGGUAUUCCAAGAAGAAAGAGCAGGCAAGGCCCAUUGAAGACGCCCCAAAGGAUGUUAUUCUGUUUUAAGGACGCCUUGGAAAAGGGGGUGUGGAGGAAAAUGACUGGAAUUGGACAGCAAAUUUCCAUUUGCUCUGAAGUGUGUGCACACUUCCAUCCCCAGAUGGUUUGGAGGACACCACGGCCUGUUUUGGUUUUAGCUGCCGUUGUUUUAGUCGUGUGGGAUUUGGGAUCCCUUGGAAUGAGAGGAAUGGUCACUGAGCUGCUGCUGCUGCUCCCUGUUCUCCUGGCUGUGCUUAGGGAUCUCCUGCAGGUCUGGAGGCUCCUGGCCAUGGGAGAACUUGUGGCCAAAAUCCAGAGGGCACGGGGCAGAGUGCUGUGCCUGGAGGGAUGUCACAGCCUGUGCAUGAGGCACUGGGGGACACCUGGACUCACUGGCUUCUCCAACCCAAAUGAUUCAACAGCUCCAGGACAGCAGAGAAGCCCAGCAUUUACAGGUUAUUAAUUAAAUAUUAAUUAUUAGUGCACAGAAACAUCUGGAAAAUCCUGUUUGACCUUUGAGCCGAGGGCAGAGCCAAACCUUGGGCGUGCCCGGCCCCUCUCCACAGAGCUGUCCCUGGCACAAGGUGUCCCCAGCUGGAUGAUCAGGGGUGCUUUGGGGCCAGAACCACCCUUUUGCCCAUUUUAAGGAAUAUUUUAUGUGCUCACAAGGACACACAGCUGCAGAACUGCCCAGGACUGGGGGAGCUCCCUCCUCAUCCCCCCCAGAAAAGUGAGCAGCGGGACCUUGGGGCAGAUCCAAAGUACAAAAUCCUGCUCAGAGCACGUGGUCAACACUUCUGCUCUUUUGCCUCUCACCUCUGCAGCCAGGAGAGACUUUUUUAUUCCUCUAAAAAGAAAGAAAAACCUCCCUCUCCUUCCCAGUGUGAUUUUCAGUCGUGCACCACGUCUGCCCUGCGAUACAAGAGGUGCUCGUGGAGACAAAAAAGCAUUUUGGAGAGGGGAUGAGGAGAUACAAGAGGUGAAUCCUCACUAUUUAUGUCAGAAUAAUCAAGUUUGGAGAUGAAAGCAGCCAGCACUUUGUGCAGCUGUGCUCUUUCAAAGGAACCAAAGCAGAGGGAUUUUCCACCCAGCUUCAAAGGGUGGUGAGGGCAGAGUGGGGAAUAAAAUAAAAAUAAAAGAGGGUUUCUAAGACUUGAGGGGUGGCACAGGUCAGUAAAAUCAGGGCUGAUCUUUGCUCUGAGUGCCUGGAAGUGCCGGGGAGCGCUGUAAACGUUAUGGUGGAGCCAAACAUUUGCCAGCUUUGCUUUGGCUGCAAAAAUUUUCACAGUUUCAGCGUUCAUCUGUCGGUGUUGGGCCCAGCCAGCAUCCAUCACACGCCACAGCUCUGCUCAGAGUGGCCUGGUGGAGGGAUGGAGAAGGAAUAAUGCAGGAGGAGCAAGAAUUCCAGCUCUGAAGAGCUCAGAGUGGCCUGGUGGAGGGAUGGAGAAGGAAUAAUGCAGGAGGAGCAAGAAUUCCAGCUCUGGAGAGCUCAGAGUGGCCUGGUGGAGGAUGGAGAAGGAAUAAUGCAGGAGGAGCAAGAAUUCCAGCUCUGGGGAACAGGAGCCUCCCCUUGCCUGGGAGUUUCUGCUGCAAAUAAGCACUGAUUUGGGAAAUAAAAUAAAUCCUGUUUUUAGAUGCCUGUGGGGAGCACGUGGCUCUGUCAAAAAUCAGUCUGGAGGUCUCUUGUUUGCCUGCAGACAGCAGAAAUUCGCCGUGCAACGAGGCCUGGCCUGCUUUGAUGUGAGUGCCACAUCAAAGUCACCACAACGCUGAAAAUCCCGAUAGAAACAGGAGUUCACUCCACAGGUGGCCACCAAAGCUACCUCAGGAUUCCUCUGGGUGUUUUAUUUCAGCUUGAGGGCAGAAAUUCCCUCCCCAGGCACAAGGAGCUGCUCGGUGGCUGCUGCGGGGAUGGGGAUGAGGAGCAUCCGCACAUCCCUGCACGGGGGGAGCGAAUGCACGGAGCUGUCACCAAAUUUUCACCCUAAAAUUCCCCCAAAUGCCUCCCUAAAAUUCCCUGCCAGCCCUGGGAAGUGGCAGCAGUGGGGAGUUAUAAUUUAUAAUAUAAUUUGAUUUAAUUUUGAGGGCACUCAGAGCAGCUGGGGCUGCCCCUGGAUCCCUGGCAGUGCCCAAGGCCAGGCUGGAGCAGCCUGGGACAGUGGGAAAUGUCCCUGCCCCUGGAAUUGGAUGACUUUAGGGCUCCAUCCAACCCCAAACCAUUCUGUGAUUUAUUUGAUCCUGCUUUCAGGCUCUCCUCCCUUUCACCCCCCACCCCAAGCUGCCCCAGGGCAGCCAGAGGAAUAUUUAUUUUGAGUUCUCAGAUACCCCAGUAACAGAAAUCAUUAGCUGUGUCUGUGAUCCCGUGCUUGAUUUACAGCCCCGAUCGUUAAUUCCGGCAGCUCUCCCACCAGCAGAGAUUUUUAAGCAGCAGGAGCUGCUGACUCUUUAGUGGAAUAGCUCCUGGGGGACAGGAUUGCUUUUAUUGACUGAGUCUCUUUGCCUCUGGGUAACAGCAAAGCUGCACUGGCUCUUUUUUCCCCUCUAAUUGUGAAUUAACAGCUCUGGAUGCUGUGGAGGAGCCGUGCCCACAUCAGGAAUUAUUGCAUUUGCCUGCCUGGAGCUUUGCAAUGUGUCUUAUUAAAUGUUUUCAGCUGCUGCUAAACUUUAGGGUGACUGAUAAU